AUGGGCAAUUUCACGCAGUUGCCAGCCGAACUCCAGAUCCAGAUCUUCGACUACCUCCACGCUGCCGACGUCAAAUCCGCGAGAGCUGUGAGUAGAACGUUCCGAAAUAAUGCUACGCCUGCGCUCUUCCGCAGUAUCGUUGCUUGUGCAAGAUACCAAGCGCUGGGCGCCUUCCAAAACGUGUCACUACACUCGAUAUACUCAGGCUAUGUAAGAGAGAUCAUCUUCGAUGGAACACUAUACGAUGGGCAUCUCGCGAAAGACCAUCGCAACUACUCUCGAGCCGAAGAAGCUAGCGGCAAAUUCCAAUCAGGAUCCUUCUACGCAAUGCGAACCAGGUGGAAAAGAUACCAAGAGCUUCACAAGGAGCAAGAGAGCAUGAAGGAGGACGGCGUCUUGUUACAAUCAUGCGCACGAGGCCUUGAGAAUAUGCAGAACAUCUCCUCCAUCGUUUACUCGCCAUAUCAACACACCAUCCCUAUGGAGGUCAAGACACUGCGCGAUCUGCUACCAAGGGGCGCUAUUCCUGGCACGCUCUCCGACAACCGCACCACUGGCUCAGACCAUCCUUUCCGCCAACUCAUUGGUGCCGUAUUUUUGUCAGAUUACACUGGAAUCCGACAGCUCACGAUCGAAGCACCCCGCGAAGACCACCCGCGUACUGAGCUCUCUUUGGAUAUGUUUAGUUUCCCAGACACCAAUGAUCUGAACGCCGGAAAACACCUCUUCCGAAACUUGGUCAAACUAGACAUGAGUUUGUCUAUCCUUAACAUACAGAGUCAGACAACGCAUCCGAUGACCGAGAUUGAUCCCCCUGAUCGACAGCUUGAGAACCUGGCCAAAGUCCUCGAGGCUGCCCAGGAGCUGCGACACCUCUCCUUUGGCAUAUUGAACUGGUCUUAUCUCAACAGGCUAAUGUGGGAUGGGAGCAACAUUCCAGAGGGACGCUCCAUCAUCGACUUUAUUGGUCUUGGAGCAACAUGGCCGAAGCUCCGCUCACUGAAGCUCGAAGGCUUAUACGCUAGGGAGCGCGAUCUAUGUGAAUUAAUCAACCGACACAAGGACACCCUUAGAGCCAUCACCUUCGCCAGAUGCACUCUGUGCGCAGGUCUAUGGCUUGAAGUGGUGAACGAGGUCGUUUUCAAUGCGUCCAUGAUCGCUACAUUCGAACUGGACCAUGUUAAUGAGCAAACCGCCAGGAGCCUGAACACCAUCCACAGCUUCAACCCGGAUUUAGGAUACGAAGGCCGUCUAGUUGUGACGAAAGAUGGAGAGCGUGAAUUUGUACGCAGCAGCCCAGUCCUUGAAUCCAAUCUGUUUUGCUGA